UUCAAGAUGGCAGACAUGCCGCUUGAGCCAUGAGAGUAUGGAACCGUAGGAGUACAAGUUUUAGGUGUGUCUUUUUAGAUAUCGAACUAGAAUGUCGCCCGAAUUCUUGACUAAAAUCCUAUUUGAAUGUUUAGACAAUGUGAAUCUUCGUUUUUGUGUCUCGUGCGCUAGAUUUAGGUAACAUUUGUGCCGGAACAUAUGUAAUAAACCGAGAUCGAAAUUGUGUUGUUCGGUGUAUCGCGUACGAUAAUUAUUCUUGUGUAAAUGGUAAAUUAAAAUGUGGAAUAUGAUGUGCGACGUGAUGCCCACGAUUUCUGAGGACAGUAUCAGCCAGAGAAGUUCGCAGUUAUCUGGUGAAGAUGCUAACUUCGAGCAGCUCAUGGUGUCUAUGUUGGACGAGCGUGAUAAGCUUGUGGAGAGUUUGCGGGAGACGCAGGAGCGUCUGGGCGAUUCGGAGCUGCGCCUCAAGGAGGUGGAGAAGGAACGGGACUCCUUGCAUAGGCAAAUCGCCGCCAACUUACCUCAGGAAUUCGCGACGCUAACGAAGGAACUCAACCAGGCCAGGGAACAGCUGUUAGAGCGAGAGGAGGAGAUCUCAGAGCUCAAGGCAGAGAGGAACAACACCAGGUUGCUACUCGAGCACCUAGAAUGCCUGGUGUCGCGGCACGAGCGCUCGCUGCGCAUGACAGUGGUGAAGCGGCAGGCGGCCGCUCAGUCCGGGGUGUCCUCGGAGGUCGAGGUUCUAAAGGCGCUCAAGAGUCUCUUCGAGCACCACAAGGCGCUGGACGAGAAGGUCAGGGAAAGGUUACGAGUGGCGUUAGAAAGGAAUACGGCCUUAGAAGAAGAGUUAUCGUUAACCAAAGAAGAAUUACAACAGUACAAGUCGUCCACCGGCCAGGACGACAAGCCGAAGGAGAACGGCACGGUGCCCACCGGCUCGCCCGACCAGAACGGCGAGCCUCAGCAACCUAAGGAAAAUAAUGUAAACGGCGAAUCGGACAACAACAAGCGUAUCACUGAGCUCCAUAACACGAUCGCCAAGCAGUCAGCGGAACUGAGCUCGUGGCAGCGGCGGGUGGCCGAGCUCAACAACAAGGUCUCCGAGCUCGAGGAACGCCUGUCCAAGGGAGAAAAGGAGCUUGCCAAGAAACAGGACGAGUGCUCCAAGCUGCAGCGCGACUUGAGAGAGAAUGUCGCGCAGAAAGAAGACCAGGAGGAGAGGAUAGCGACCCUCGAGAAGCGGUACCUCAACGCGCAGCGCGAGUCCACGUCGCUACACGACCUCAAUGAGAAGCUUGAGCAGGAGCUGCAGCACAAGCAGGCUCAGCUCAAGCUGCAAGAAGAAAAGAUCGCGGCCAUCGAAGAGAAGCUGGAACUGUCCACGCAGAAGCUGGCCCAGAUGUCGUCGCUGCCCGAGAUGGAGGAGCAGUUGAAGGCCCGUAUGGAGGCCCUCAACCAGGCGCAAGAAAGGCACGGGUCCGCGGAAGACCGCAUCCAGCGGCUGGAAGCGAACGUCGAAGAAAAGAACGCGGAGCUUAUGCGUCUCAACCAGCGUCUGCGUAUGAAUGAGGAGCAUAACACGCGUCUCUCCGCCACCGUCGACAAGCUGCUGUCCGAGUCUAACGACAGGUUGCAAGUGCACCUAAAAGAGCGGAUGCACGCGCUAGACGAAAAGAACGCGCUGACGCAGGAGCUGGACAAGACGCGCAAGUACGCCGACGAGCUGCUGGCCGACAAGCAGGACGUGCUCAAGGAGCUCGCCAAGUGGCGCAUGGAAACCGAGCAGCUAAAGCGCCAGAUGCUGGAGCAAGAGAUCGCGUUCAACAUCCAGCAGACGGACGCGCUGACGCGCUCGCUGUCGCCCGCCGCGCACCCGCUGCCGCACCCGCACCCGCUGCCGCACCCGCAGCAUCCGCACCAGCCGCCCGUGGGGCUGUUCCAGCCCAAGAACCCGGGGAGUGUCAAGACCUUGGCAUAA